CUUCCUUUGCAUACUUGUGGGAUUUCUUUGUGUUCAAAAUGGCGCUCCUCACUGUUGAACAUGAUUUCAUAACAAUUCGCAACUUAUCCAUGUGGUUCAAAGAACUGCAAAGAACUGCUUUCAAUCGCAAAUAAUCUGUUAAACUGGUUUUUGGCGUCCUUAGCUUUUAUAUUCAACUUCUAACUGGUUUUUGGCGGCAUUGGAUCAACACUCAACAGGCAGUAGUCCGUGGACYACAAUCACUGUUGAUCUUCAAAGGACCUAAAACAUCGCUUUUUCAGGUUUUCAGAUCAAAUAAAUAGUACAGAAGAAGAAAGCUGCAUAUGCUUAAACUAUUACCAAUAAAAGAGAUGGCUUUUUCUAUUACAACGAAACGUCUCUGGAGGAAGACGUGUAGACACAUCAAAAAAAGAACAGAAUGCCUCAUAUUGGUGAUAAUUGCYGUUAUCUGUUUAAGUGUUAUAUAUCGUCAGUUAACAGCAAAAAAGAAAAAAAGAGAUGUAGACAGAACAGAUUGUCAAGCAUUAUCAAAGAACUUAACGAUCAACUACAAMCUACUCAAAUAUAUCAAAAGAGGUGAAGACCGUAGAGGGAUUAAUAAACAUCAUGGAUUGAUAUCAAUACGAAACACUGGCAAAUCUCCAAUUCUUKUGGGGAGCGUCGCACUCUAUUUUUGCUUCCCAAGAAGAUAUCUUUCCACCAAAUCUAAGCGAGUAAGRCUKGUGCACAUCAGUGGGUGUCUCCACAAAAUUGAAACACUUUCUCGGCAAGAUAGAAUUUUUCCUGAGGAAACAAUUUUCGUAAAGUACGUAGGAGAAUUUACGUUUUGUCUCCGCUCUCAACAUUUGACAAAUUGGUAUCUUGYGUGUGAAAACAAUGAAAUUGCCAUCGUCGAGAAUACAAAGAAYUUGAGUUUUGUUGACCUGGGGGAGCCUCCGAGCCAAUCUAAUGAAAGAUAUUUCCAAGGUUACACAGGGCCUUCUACACCAGAUGAACGGUACGAUUUCAUUGGGUUUGAUCCACCACAGAGCAGCACCACRAUGUUUGUAAUACCGCAGCCUUUAGAUGUUAUAAUCAAUAAUAAUAGCGUAAGGAUGGCUGUUGAUSAGAGCUGGAUGCUGAUCGUAGAGAAAGGAUUGGAAACAGAAGCUGAGAUACUAAAAGACUUUUUUAAGCUUCAAAUUGUGUCUCAAUCAAAAAAGCCUCGUACUAAAUUCAUUAUGAUAAGAACKGGAGAUCCUGGCAUCAAGAGCGAGAAAAUCACUGGUCUAAACAUCAAUGAAGGAUAUGAGCUGAGGGUUCGUACUGCUGAUAAGUACAUCCAAGUGACUGGCAAAACAUCAGCUGGGGUGUUUUAUGGUAUCCAGACGCUGCUUUCUUUAGCUGAGCAAAGUGAUCUUUACGAUAUUUUAAUCAAAGAUGCGCCCAGAUUUCCAUAUCGCGGAAUGCAUUUGGAUGUGAGCCGUAAUUUCUAUUCCAAACAGACAGUGAUGCGUUUACUUGACCAAAUGGCUCGGCACAAGAUGAACAAGUUUCACUUUCAUCUGUCUGAUGAUGAAGCAUGGAGAAUCGAGAUCCCAGGACUUCCAGAGUUAACAGAGAUUGGUUCCAAGCAAUGUCAUGAUCCCACAGGUCUUAGAUGUAUCCAACCUCARUUUGGAAGUGAUCCACGUGGCWCGGCCUCACCCACCUUCUACACAGUUCACGAUUACCAGCAAAUUUUAAAGUAUGCCAAUGAGCGGCAUAUUCAAGUCAUUCCAGAGAUCGAUUUUCCUGGACAUAGUCACGCUGCUAUAUUAGCGAUGAAGGCCAGRUUUAGGAUUCUUAARCAGAUAGGAAAGUACCAGGAGGCUGAGGAAUUUCUYCUGUCKGAUUUUGGUGACAACUCAGAGUACCUUUCUGUUCAAGGUUUUACAGACAACACCUUGAAUCCCUGUCUUGAAUCAACAUAUCGAUUUGCAAAACACGUGAUGCAAGCUGUAAAGCGCAUGCACAGAGGGAUUCAACCGCUGACCACUUACCAUUUUGGCGGCGAUGAGGUACCUGUCAACGUUUGGAAAAAUUCCCCGGCGUGYAAUAAGGAGACAUUAUUUGGGUUGAUAGAUGAGUAYAGCGAAAAACGCCUAAUAAUCAAGGAACAUUUUGUAAGACGUAUGAUUAAGAUAGCGUCUUCCCUCGGACUCAAACUAGCAGGAUGGGAUGACUUCUUCCAUUCUGAUUCUKWGCCAGUUGGUGUUUUCGCAGCUGGUGAUAUCACAGUCUUUUCUUGGACUAAUGAAGGAACUUCAAAGUCGUAUGAUUUAGCUGAAAAGGGAUACAAGGUGACUCUUCUCUUGUUUGUUKUAUUUUGUUCUUCCACUCAACUUCUUUCCUUCACUAAUCGGCUAACGCGUUGCCUUGUACGUUACCACCAAAUUCAAAUCCUGCAGGAAAAAGAACUUUUGUUUUUAAGAGUUGUGCUUGUGCCUGCUGUAAGUUACUAUUUUGANGAGUUUCACCCAGAGGAGCUUGGGAACGUUUGGGCAACACCUUACAGUGAUACUCGUAAGGCAUUCGAAUCAAUUCCUGACUUCUGCAAAGCUGCUGGAGCAUGCGGAGAUUCCACGGUGAAAGUACAUGGUAUUAGCGGCGCUCUUUGGAGCGAACACAUACGAACCGCUGAUCAACUAGAUUCCAUGAUCUUCCCAAGASUCCUUGCAUUGGCAGAACGUGCGUGGCACAAAGCACCAUGGGAAGGGACGUCUGACAAUGAGACGAUGAAAGAAGAGUGGAAGAAUUUCUCAAGUUUUCUUGUAAGGCAUGAACUUAAGAAACUAGAACGACUUGGAAUCAAAUAUCACAUACCUGUACCUGGCGCAAGAUUCAAAGGAAAGAAACUUCUGGYGAGAACUGUGUUACCAGGCCUCCCAGUACAGUACUCUAAGGAUGGCGGGAAAACCUGGCACGACGUCACAGAACACACAGAGUUUGAGGGCAAGAUUACCUUGGCAACUAG